AUGAGUGAAGAAUCAGGCUACAAUUAUCCUAAUAAUGAUGAUCAAUUGAUGGAUAUACAAAAUGAUAGUGAGGAUGGCAUUGACUACACUAAUUAUAGUGAAGAUCAUGACAUGGAAGAGGCCCAGGAUUCCGAUGAAGAUGUUAAUGUAGACCAGCCUGAUAUCGUUAGAUAUUCUGAUAUAGAAGUAAUAGAUUCAGAACUGCCUGACGAAGAGGGGGAAGAGGAGGAAGAGCAUGAAGGAGAAGAUGACCAUCAAGGAAGUGAAAUUCAAGAACAAGAAGAGCCAGAACUUGAAUAUGAAGAUGAUGAAGAUGAAGCUAUAGAAAACAAUAAUUAUGAAUCACACCCUGAAGAGGAUGAUCAAGAUGAGGAGGUUCAUGAAGAUGAAGAGGUCCAUGAAGAUGAAGAGGUUCAUGAAGAUGAAGAAACUCAUGAAGAUGAAGAAACUCAUGAAGAUGAAGAAGCUCAUGGAGAUCAACAUCAAGAAUACCAGCAAGAACCAUUACAUCAAGAAGAUCAAGAAAUGGAAACUGACGAUCAAACUAAAGCUGAAGAAGAACCUGAACAAGAGCCUGAACAGGAAGAACAGGAAGAACAAGGAGAUUUUAAUGGUGAAGUGGAAGAUAUUGAGCAUUCUGAACAGGAAGUGGAGCCUGAAGAUAUCGAGCAAGAUAUCGAGCAAGACCUCGAUCAGGAACAAGAUAUCGACCAGGCAGUAGACCAAAAUUUAGAUCAAGCUGUAGAUGAAGAUUUAGGUCAAGCUGUAGAUCAAGAUGUAGAUGAAGAUGUAGAUCAAGAAAAUCAAGAAAAUCAAGAAAAUCAAGAAGACCAAGAAGAUCAAGAACACAUUCCUGGUGAAAAUCAAAUUAAUCCCGAUCAAGAAAAUCAAAUUCCUGAAAUCGUCUUACCUCAAGAAGAAAACGAUAUCGUGGAAGAAAUGAAUACUUCUGGAUUCCAAAUCCCCAUAACUAAUCAUCAAUUCACCACUCCACUGAAAAGUUUACCUCCAUUGAAAGAUAUUGAUACUAUUGAAACCCCUAAAUCAUUCAAUGUGGCCAAAGAUAAUGACGUUGAAAGUUCGCCAUUAGUUUAUACUAACGACCGAAGUAUGAAAAUGAUGGAGUCAGAAACUGAUGCCAUUACUUUAGUUUCAAUUUAUUUGGAUUUACCAGAACAAGAAGUAACUCAAUUAGGUAAUAAAGUCAUCGAUAGAUUAUUAAAGAAAUCAUUAGAAUAUUCCGAAAUCAAUUCUGAAGUAUCGUUCCUUAAAUUGAAUCAAGAGAAAAUAUCACAAGUUAAUGAUAAUAAAUAUAAAUCAUUAUAUUCCAAAUAUGAAACUAUUAAUCAACAAUUGAAUGACACCAUAAUAGAAAAGGAGGAAUUAUUCAAAUCCAAACAAGAAACCAAUUCAUUGGUUGAAAAAUAUCAAACUGAUAAUAACAAAUUGACAAGUCAAUUGAAUGAAAUGAGGAGUAAGUUAGAGACGUUAGAAAAUCAAAAUUCUUCAAAUUCCAAUAAGUUGGAAAUCGAUAUCAUAAGUUAUAAUAAUCAAAUCAAUGAAUUGACCAAGGAUAAUAUUGAAAAGACCCAAAAGAUUAAUGAGUUAACUAAAUCCAUCAAUGAAAUAAGUAAUGAGAGUUUCAAUGUUAAAUUCAAAUUAACUAAAGUAUCGAAUGAAUGUAAUUUUUUCAAGAAAGAAAAACAAUGGUUUGAAAGUGAAUGGAAACAAUGUCAAGAGAGAUUUAGUGAAUUAACUAAGAAUUAUCAAACUGAAAAGAUCACUAAAACUAAUGAAAUAUUGGAUUUGAGUAAUAAAUUAUCAUCAACUACUAAAAUCAAUGAAACUUUGACUGGCAAUUUUAACACCCUCGAAGGUAAAUUAGAAAGUAAAAUCAAUGAAAUCAACGAUAUUAGGAAUAAAUUUGAACUUUCAAAGAUUAAUUUUGAAAAACAAUUGAAAUCUAAAGAUGAAUUGCUUGAGAUGUUGAAUAUUAAGAAUGAUGAGAAUGUUGAAAGAAUUAAUCAAUUAGAUAAAUAUAUUGAAGAUAUUAAAGAGAAAUCAUCCAAUAAGAUCAAUGAAUUGACGAUAAAUUAUAAUCAGAAAUUAGAAAAAUGUAUUGAAUUAGAAGAGAAAUUGAAAAGAACUGAAGAUGCUUUAGAACAAAAUUUACGUCAAGAAAACGAUUUACCCAAAUUAACCACCACUGGAGAUUUAAUAGCAUCCAAUGUUAAUGGAAUUUCAUUAUCAACAUUAUAUUCAGAAUUCAACCAUAUCAAGAAACAAUUAAUCUUGGAAAGAUCUCAAAAGGAGAAAUUAUCCAAUCAAUUAGAAAUGUUUAUUAAUGAAUUAGAAAGUAAGAAACCUGCUAUAUUGAAUUAUAAAGAACAAAUCAAAUUCUAUGAAACUUCAAUGAAAGAAAUGGUCAAUAAAAUUGAAAAUAUAAGAUUUGAAAAAUUAGAAAGUGAUAAGAAGAUCAAUAGAUUUAAAUCUAAAAUCAUUGAAAAUGAAAAUGAAUUGGUUUCAAUGAAAAAAUUAUGUAAAGAUUUAGGUAAACAAUUAUGUUAUUAUUUAAUUCAUUCUAAAAUUAGAGAUAAUAAUGAUAAUCCUUUAAGUUUAGUUGAAAGAAAUGCCAUUGAAAAUAUCUUGGAAAAAACCGGUAAUAAAGAAAUUUUAAAUGAAUCUGAUACUGAUAAAUUAAUAAGUGAAAGAUUAGUUGAAUUUGCUAAUAUUAUUGAAUUACAACAAAAGAAUAAUGAACUUUUGGUGAUUACCAGACAAUUAGGUAAGAAAUUAGAAACUCAAGAUGAUAAAUCAAAUGAAUUAGAAUCUGUAGUUAUUGAAGAAGCUAAAGAUGCUAUAUUAACUUUAGAAGGGGAAUUAAAUAGUUUAAAAACUAAAUAUGAUGCUGUAUCUAAAGAAAGAGAUGUUUUAAAAUCCAUUGGUAGUAAAUCAAUUGAUAAUAAUAAUGAAAGUUAUUUAGUUGAAGUUAAUAAUGAUUUAAAAACUCGUAUUAAAGAUUAUGAACAAUUAAUUGAUAAGAAUCAAAAUGAUUUUAAUGGUAAAAUCCAACAUUUAACUAAGAAAUUAGAUAUGACUAUUGGUGAAAGGGAUGAAUUAAAAUUAAAAAUCAAUUCAAUGAAACAUCAAGUUGAAUUAAUUGAAACUAAAUAUAAUAAUUGUCAAAUGACAUUGGAAAAUACCAAUGAUGAAAUCAAAAGAUUACAAGAUAAUUCGAAUUUUUGGCAACAACAAGCUUCUAAACAAGAAGUUUUACUCAUUAAUAAAAAUAAUGAAUUGAAAGAUAUUGAAAAUAAAUUAUCCAAUCAAAAGAUCCAAUUAAAUACUCUAACUAAUGAAAAUAAUCUUUUGAAAUCAAUGGAAUCAAACUUAAAUAAUGAUAUUAAUCAAUUAAAGAAAGAUAAAUCUCAAUUGAAUGAAUUUGUUAGUAAUUUACAAUCAUUAUUAAAGGAAAGAGAUGUUUCAAGUAUGGAAUUAAAUGAUCGAUUAAAUCAAUCAAUUAAGAAUUAUCAAACUUUACAAGAGAAAUUGAUUGAAAGAGAUGAGAAAUUAUCAAUUUUAACUAAUCAAUCAGAAUUGGCAUUAAAAUCUCAAAAUACAAGAUUAGAACAAUUUAAUGAUUUAAGUCAUAAAUUAAUGUCAACCAAGAUUCAAUUAGAAGAAAGAGAGAAAUUGGUAGAAACUUUAAAUAAUAGAAUCAAUGAAUUAUCAGAUAAAUUACAUAAUCGGGACAUUCAAUUAAAAGCUUUCCAAAUUGGUAAUACAACUACUGUACCAAGUAAUAUUGAUAAUGAUAAUAUUGAAAUCGAUCAAUUAAAACAUGAAUUAAAACUUGCUGAAUUACAAGUUAAUGAAUUAUCAUCAAUUGCUAAAAGUGCAGAAGAAGCUUUAGUUAAUAUUACCAAUUCUUUUGAAGAUUUUAAAGUUGAAAGUGAUAAUACUAAGAUUAAUUUAACUAAAGAGAAAGAAAAUUUGAUUGAACAAGUUGAAAAAUUAACUAAAGAUAUUAAUUCUUUAAAUAAUGAUUUUACUAUUAAGAAUAAUAAUUAUCAAAAUCAAAUUAAUGAAUUGAAAUUACAAUUAGAAUCUUCAAUGGCAAAAGCAAAUUCUUAUGAUUCAUUAGAAUUAAGUUAUGAAGAAAAAUUGAAAGGUAUUAAAAAUGAACUUGAAAUUUAUACUAAAUUAUCUGAUGAAAACCAAAAGAAAUAUAAUGAAGAAGUUAAUAAGAAUGAUCAACUUUCCAAGAAUAUUCAUAUUUUGAAAGAAGAAAAUGAAUCUUUGAAAAUUAAUAUCAAUAAUUUACAAUCAAAAAUUGAUGAAAUUCAAUCUUCAUUACAAGAUUCUGAAAGUUUGGUGGCUAAUGAAAGAUCAAAAGUUGAAGAUGAAAUCAAUGAACAAGAUUUAAAGAUUAAAGAGCUUGAAAAUCAAAAUAAUAUUUUAUUAAAUCAAUUAGAAUUAAUGAAACAUCAACCUUAUGACGAAAAGAAUGGUGGAGAUAAUGAAUUAUUUGAACUUCGUCAAGUUGUUAAUUUUGUUCGUCGUGAAAAGGAAGCUGCUGAAUCUAAAGUGACUCUUUUGAAUGAAGAAAUUAAUAAAGUUCAAUUGAAAUUGAAUUCAACUUUGAAUGAAUUAGAAUCAACUAAAAAUGUAUCUCAAACUAAUGUUGAAAUCAUUGAUAAUAAGGAACAUGAGAAAUUAUUAGAACAAUUAGAACAAAUGAAUCUUUUAAGAGAAAGUAAUGUCACUUUACGUAAUGAAAAUCAAGAAUAUAUUAAACAAAUUCAAAAAUUCGAAGUUCAAAUUAAAGCUAUUCAAAAUAAAGUUAAUCCUUUAGAAGCUGAAAUUAAGAAAUUGAAUAAUUUAAUCAAUGAAAGGGAUCAAUCUAUUAGAUUAUUGAAUGAAGAAAAUAAAUCAUUAUUAGCAGCUUCAAAUGUUUCAAAAGUUGAAAAUCCAAUUGAAACUGAAGAAUAUAAAGCUUUGAAAACAAGAUUCGAUAAUUUAUUAGAAGAAUCUAAAACAAAAUUAGGUGCUUCUAGAGCUAGAAAUAAAGCUAAUGUCGAAACCAUUGAAACUUUAAAUAAUGAUAUAACUAAAUUAAAAGCUCAAAUUGAAGAAUUUAAGACUAAUCAUGAAGCUCAAAUUAAUGAAUUCAAAUCUAAACAAUCUAGUGAUGAUUUAGAUAAAUUGAAAUCCCAAUUCAAUGAAGAAAAGUCAAAAUUAAUUGAAGAAUAUGAACUGAAAUUGAAGAAUGCUUUGAGUUCAAAAACUGAAACUGAUGAUUGGGAAAAGAAAUAUCAACAAUUAGAAUCAUCGAUUGAAUCAACUAAAUUACAAUUGCAAAAUGAAUUUGAAAAGAAACUUCAACAACAAAUUAAUCAACCGGGAGAUUCUGAAGACAAAAUCAAAAUCUUAAAAGAAGAAUUUGCCAAACAAUUGGAAAAAGAAAAAGAUGAUGUUAAGACUCAAACAGAAAAGAAGUUCGAGAUCAAGAUGAGAAUGUUGAAUAAGAAACUUGAUAGGUUAAGUGAUAAAUCAUCACCAGCUCCUGAUCAAAAUUCUACCCCAACCCAAACACCUAGUCAACCUCCUGUGCAAACUCAACCUACAAAUCAAGGUUUUUCAAAAGAAACUCCUUUAGGUCAUCAAUUCACUGAAAGUACAUUAACAGUUCGUGUGCCUGAAAAGAAUGAUAAAAAGAUAAAUAAGCCUAACCCUAAAAAGGGUAAUGAUCAAAAGAGGAAGUUUACACCUCAACCUCAUAAGGCCAAUAAGAAGCCUAAAGAAUAA